GGAGAAACGAGACAGAGAGGUGAACAGGCUGGCCGAGCCUCGUUCGGCCGAAGACGCGGCUAUCAUAUCGAUACUGGCUGAAAAGGCUGAGAGGAACGUAACGCGGCAUAUGAAACUACUGCGAUGGAUCGAACAAAAGCGGCAGGCGAUGAUGGACCUGGGUGGUAACCCGGCAGCAUCAAGCGACAGAGCUGGCACUGCCGACCCAAGGGCCGCAUCCGCCCGCGCCGUGCGUAAGAGGGAGAAGACUCCUCCCCUUGCCCUCGGCAAAAGGCGCCAGAAUCUCGAAACCCGACUCGCCACACAAGCGGGAAACUCGACACUGGACAGCGGGGAGACGGGCGCAGGUGGUGCCAGCGCGCGUCGAAGCCGGCACCCUCCGUCCAUCAGCGGCAGCGACGGAUACCGCGACGGCGAUCCCGAUGGUGACAGAGCCAAAGCUGGCCUGACGAACGGUCUAGCCACCUCGACUGUGUCCCACCCGCCUCCCCGGCUCCCGACCCCAUCAUCAUCAUCCACAUGCGCAUUUAAAACGCCCGAUGCCGGUCCCAAAGAUGCCGUCCCAGGCACUUCCUCGCCUGGCCAUGACCUUCACGUCGUUACGCCUUAUAAUACCGCGACUACGAGACCACCACGUGGACGAAAGCGUCGCAGAGAAAUGGACGCGGAGAAGGAGAAAGAAGGGCGACCUAUUAAGACUCGGAACACCCGCACAACGUCAAGACUACACCAGCCCAGAAUCAACGUGGGGCCGCUACGCCAGACAGCACAAAAUCCAGCUCCUCCAGUGGCAACAGAUCAGGAAAAUUCGGGCAGACGCAUUCGACUUGCAUCCCCUCGACCAGAUCGAACGAGGGCAUUGGCUUAUGAUUUUUCCGACAAACCCCGAAGAUCCCGAAGAUGCCUCGGAAUGCCACCGGAAUAUGGUUUGCUAGAAGAAGGCAAGGCGCAUCGGGCAGCCCGUCCUGGGCCCAGAACUGCGCCGGUUAAUCCCACUGACGGCAAACUCCGUGGAGCGAGGCGGACAGGAACACUAGGAGGAAGGAGGUGAAGCUUUGUCCGAUAAUGCGCCGAAAGAUGUACUGGAAGACAAGAGUGUCCCGGCGAGGAGGAAGUAAACCAGUAACAAGUUCAAGGCGGCUGGCGCAGGACCAUCGCACGCCAAGGGGGUCCGCAGCAUCAUCAGGUCGCUGAUCCUUUGUGUGCUCUGCUCCCCUCUGGCGUUUUGCACGGCAUUUCGCUGGCUACAGGUGGUUGCGUGUGCAGACAGCGCCUUUCGCGGAGUGGGAUUUUUGACGCGACACGCCCUUGUGGUGGUGCUGGCGGUUUGGUGAACCCCGGGGCAACGCCGGCAGCGCUAUGCCGCGAUUGGAAGUGUGAGAAAACAAAUGGCGCCCCGGUUUGGGUGGCCCCCGAGGACUGGAAAGGGAGGCAGCCUGCGCGCGAACCGUUGUACAUCACAAACCGCCUCCGUGACUAUACACCGAUGGGGCGGGCACCCUUUUUGUGGCCGUACUGCCCUCUAGUCACCUCUGCACCUCUGUAGCCGGGCACACAGUGUGCAGAAUGGGCCUUUUCGCGGAGUGGGAUUCUUGACGUGACAGGCCCAUGGUGGUUCUGGCUGUAUGGUGAACCCUGAAUGCAGUAGAAUGAUAGGCUGUGAGCGGCAAAUUGGGACGCGGUGUUUCCAUGGGUUUGAAGAGAGCAAUUCGUGAUGCGAGCAUCUGGUGCCAACACGGUGACGCUGGUCCUGGACCGGGCGGGGAUGUUGUCGAGAGCGAGGCGAAGGGGGAGGGAGUCGGAUUACGAAAUGAUGAGAUUGCUUACCACGGCCAGAGCUACCCAGACAAAUGGGCGAUGUGGUCCAAUCCCUCUGCGACAAAAGCGACGGCGGUCGCUGCGGGACGACAUCGCGCGACCGGACGCAACGGGUCGGGAUGCACGAUGAGUGAGCGGGCAAGCGAGCCUUAGAAG